AUGGGAUACACUCCACUGCAUGUGGCGUGUCACUAUGGAAACGUGAAGAUGGUCAACUUCCUGCUAAAGAACCAGGCCAAGAUCAACGUCAAAACCAAGAACGGAUACACCCCCCUCCAUCAGGCGGCCCAGCAAGGCCACACCCACAUCAUCAACCUACUGCUGCAGCACGGAGCCUCUCCCAACCAAGUCACUGUGAAUGGUAACACAGCCCUGUCCAUAGCCAGGAGGCUGGGGUACAUCUCUGUAGUGGAUACUCUGAAGGUCGUCACUGAGGAAACACAGACCACUCUGACGGUGACCGAGAAACAUAAGAUGAACGUUCCAGAAACCAUGAAUGAGGUUCUGGACAUGUCAGAUGAUGAGGAGAUGGAAUUUCAGUGUGUCUAUGAGAGCUACUGUCGUGAGGAUGCGAUGACAGGCGACACGGAUAAGUACCUGGGACCCCAGGACCUGAGAGAGCUGGGAGACGACUCUCUGCCCCAGGAGGGUUACAUGGGCUUUAGCAUUGGAGCACGCAGCGCCAGCCCUAAGGUCUGCAGUCUGCGGUCCUUCAGUUCGGAUAGGUCCAACACCCUGAACAGGACCUCUUACACCAGAGACAGCAUGAUGAUUGAAGAGAUACUGGCUCCUACCAAGGAUAUGAACCUGGCAUUGGCCAGCAGAGACUGUGACUCUGACUCUCAGAGACACUACAGCUGGACUGCUGACACCUUGGACAACAUCAACAUGGUCUCCAGCCCCAUACACUCUGGGUUCCUGGUCAGUUUCAUGGUGGACGCACGCGGCGGCUCCAUGCGGGGGAGUCGUCAUAACGGAAUGCGCAUCAUCAUCCCGCCCAGGAAGUGCACGGCUCCGACACGCAUCACCUGCCGCCUGGCAAAGAGGCACAAGCUGGCCACGCCCCCACCGAUGGUGGAUGGAGAGGGAUUGGCCAGCAGGCUGGUGGAGGUGGGGCCUGCUGGAGCUCAGUUCCUGGGCCCUGUGAUCGUGGAGAUCCCCCAUUUUGGUUCUAUGAGGGGGAAGGAGAGGGAGCUGAUCAUGCUGAGGAGUGAGAAUGGAGAGACCUGGAAGGAACAUCAGUACGACUGCAAGACAGAUGACCUCAAUGAGCUGCUCAACGGCAUGGAUGAAGAGCUGGACAGUGCCGAGGACCUGGAGAAGAAGCGUAUAUGUCGCAUCAUCACCAAGGAUUUCCCACAGUACUUUGCGGUGGUGUCUCGUAUCAGACAGGAGAGCAGCCAGAUGGGCCCUGAGGGAGGAGUCCUCUCCAGCCUGACACUUCCAUUGGUCCAGGCCUCCUUCCCAGAGGGGGCGCUCACCAAGAAGAUACGCGUGGGACUGCAGGCCCAGCCGGCUCCUGAUGACAUGGUGAAGAAGAUCCUUGGUAACCGGGCAACAUUCAGCCCCAUAGUGACGGUGGAACCUCGACGCAGGAAGUUCCACAAACCCAUCACCAUGACGAUCCCGGUCCCGCCCUUGUCAGGGGAGGGGGUUAGCAAUGGCUACAAGGGAGAUUCCACCCCCUGCCUGAGGUUGCUAUGCAGCAUCACCGGCGGAACCUCUCCUGCCCAAUGGGAGGACAUUACUGGGACCACGCCCCUAACCUUCGUCAACGACUGUGUCUCCUUCACUACCAAUGUCUCUGCCAGGUUCUGGCUUGCUGACUGCCACCAGAUCCCAGAGACUGUAGGCCUUGCCACCCAGCUGUACAGAGAGCUCAUCUGUGUUCCUUACAUGGCCAAGUUCGUGGUGUUCGCCAAGAUGAACGACCCUAUGGAGUCCCGCUUGCGCUGCUUCUGUAUGACAGACGACAAGGUGGACAAAACCCUGGAACAGCAGGAGAACUUUGAGGAGGUGGCCAGGAGCAAAGACAUCGAGGUUCUGGAGGGGAGGCCCAUCUAUGUGGACUGCUAUGGUAACUUAGCUCCUCUGACCAAGGCUGGACAGCUACUGGUGCUCAACUUCUACGCAUUCAAAGAGAACCGGCUUCCUUUCUGUGUGAAGGUCAGAGACAACAGCCAGGAGCCGUGUGGCCGUCUGACAUUCCUGAAGGAGACCACUAAGACCGCUAAGGGUCUCCCCCAGACGGCCGUGUGUAACCUGAACAUCACCCUACCUGCGCUGAAGAAGGAAAUGGAGUCAGACCCAGAUGAAGAGACUGAAAAGCCAGAACGACGUCAUACCUUUACAUCUCUAGCCUUACGUAAGCGUUACAGCUAUCUCGCCGAGCCCGCCACGAAAACAGUUGAGCGAAGCACAGCAAGAACACUGCCUGCUGGUUACACUCACAAACCUGUCUUUUCAACAAGAUCUUACCAGGCAUGGUCGACUGCGCCUCUUCCCCACACUGUCCAAGCAAGGAGUGGACUGGGUUCCCUCUCCGGCUCACCGUCCAACACACCAUCUGCAUCGCCACUAAAGUCUGCCUGGUUGCUCUCCUCCGCCUCUCCAAUCAAAUCCACCCUCGGAGCCUCACCGCCACAUUCAGUCAAGUCCUCUGGCGACAUAGCUUCUUUACCUGUCAGAUCCUAUAGAACUAUGGCCUCCCCUAUUAAGACUGUUGUACAGCAGGCCCAGUACCCGGUCCAGGUCUCUGCCAGUCUGGUGUCCUCUUCCUCUAAACCUGGAGCAGAUCCUGUCUUCAUUAAAGGACUAUCCACCCCAUUUUCUUCCAGGACCACCCCAGCCUCUAACACAGGGUCUGGUCCAGAUAGAUCAACCAUGACUCAACCCGAAUCUCCCAAAUGCACAGCCAACAUGUAUACCUUACCCUUCAAAUCAGUCCUGUCGUCUUCAUCCUCCUCCCCUGUCAGAACCAUCGCUGGUCUGUCCUCCUCAUCCUCCUCCCCUGUCAGAACCAUUCCUGGCCUGUCCUCCUCAUCCUCCUCCCCUGUCAGAACCAUUCCUUGCCUGUCCACUACUUCAGCUACAUCUAAGGGGAAGCCCCUCCCCUCGCUGUCCUCACCAGCCCACUCCUCAGAACCCUCUGCUAUGGUGAAUGGAUUAGUUUCUCCCAUGAAGUACGCCUCUUCUUCUCAGUCCUCCUCCCCCUGCUCCUGUUUGCUCUCUGAUAGGUCUAGCAGUCUGCAGGAGAGGAUACAGACCAACACUCACGCCGCCACUUCCAGUGUCAGUGCAGCUAUAAAUGAGGCUGAAAGGACAUUUAACUCUUCAGGGUACGGAACACUCAAAUCAGUGUCCUCACGGAGAUCUAACACCUCAACUUCUGUCUACGGCUCUAUGAGGUCUCAAACCUCUUCCACCACCUCAGCAACAUCCAAUGCAAUGACUGUACCUGUAUACUCUUUUCUCAAUGUUGCGACCGAGUCCCCAAUGAAAAAAGGGCCUGGGUCGCUGAAGAUGUCGCCUGCAGACUCCCGCAGGUCAAAGACGGCAGUGAAGUCCCCUCCUUACAUCACCCCCCCAGGGCUCACUCUAACCCCACCCUCCUCCCUAUCCUCCAAUCAGGACAUCCUGAAAGACGUGGCCGAUAUGAAGGAGGACCUGAUCAGAAUGACGGCCAUCUUGCAGACUGUCCCCAGAACAGCCAGGAAUGUUCAGUCUCAGACCCCCAAAGAGCCUAAGAUGGAGGAUGAGGAGCCCUUCACCAUAGUAGAGAAAGUGAAGGAGGAUCUAGUUAAAGUCAGUGAGAUACUGACCAAGGAUGUGGUGAGUGAUAGUCAAGUCUGUAGAGGGAAGCCUGUAGAGGAGGAGUGGGAGGAGUUCUCUAAAGAUGAGUUAGAGGAAGCCCAGCAAAGUGCUAAGGAAUUCUUUCACCCUCCGUUUGACGCUAACACCCUCUCCUUUAUGCCCCAGUCUAUGCCCAGUAAAGAGUUGAAUUUAGCCAAGGUUGUUGACUACCUGGCCAAUGACAUAGGUGCUAGUUCUCUUUCUAAGAUGGCUGAGAUGAAGAGCAGAUAUGAGGAGGCAAAAAGAGAAGGGGAGGACAAACAGAAACUAAAAAAACUCAAGAUGCCUCCCCCAGGCAUGCGUACCUCUGCCUCUGAGAAAGACUUAUGUAAACUAGCAGAGUCAUAUUAUGGACCUGACACCAUAUUGGAGUCACCAGAGGACUUAUCUCAUGAGCAGGAUAAGAGUCCUCUGUCAGACAGCGGCUUUGAAACCAGGAGUGAAAAGACUCCUUCAGCCCCCCAAAGUGCAGAGAGCACCGGGCCCAAACCCCCCUUCACUGAUCCCAUCCCCCCCUGCAUCACCGAGACUAGGACCGAGGUGGUCCAUAUCAGGAGCUACGAGCACCCAGACGAACCCUGUGAGGUGCAGAUGGAGGAGGCAGCCUCAGCAUCGCCGGCCUGCAUUGAACCAGAGGCCUCCGCCGCCUCCAUCAAAGACAAAGUCAAAUCAUUCCAGAUCAAAGUGUGUGACGACUCUGACUCUGUCGUUAGCAAGAGCAUGAGGCUCAAAGAGGAGACCCACAUCACCACCACGACGCGCAUGGUUUACCACAAGCCGCAGCUGAAAGACGGCUCGGAGAGGAUCGAGGAGACCAUGUCAGUCAGAGACAUCAUGAAAGCAUUCCAGUCCGGUAGGGACCCCUCCAAAGAACUUGCUGGACUGUUUGAGCACAAGGCUGGCCAGGACUCUGUCAAAGGGGAUGAACUCACCCCCAGGUUCAUUGAUAAUGACACUAAAGCCAAAAGAAUAAUGGAGGUUCACAUAGAAAAAGAAGGAAACACAUUCCAACCAACUGAGGUGAUUAUCAGGGAGACCAAGAAGAUUCCAGACUCUUAUUUCUAUAAAGGAGACCACAGAAUCCAAGAAAUGCCUGAUUACGACGAGGCGCCGCAGGAAGGGGAGGAGCUUACUGCCAAUGACAGCCGGCCCAGCUCCGUUCAGCUCAUGGCCGAUGACUCCUACAAAGCUCUCAAACUGCUCAGCCAGCACUCUGUAGAGUAUCACGAUGACGAGCUCUCUGAACUCAGGGGAGAGUCUUACAGGUUCGCUGAGAAGAUGCUACGUUCUGAGAAACUAGACAUAUCCCACUCUGAUACAGAAGAUUCUAUGGCUGACCAAACACACCAAAUUACCUCAGAGUCGCAUGGGGAAGAGAGUAAUUACAGUGAGAAAGAGGCCGUGCCCAGGAAAGAGUUCACUUUCAAGUCAUCAAAGGAUACAUCCUCUAAGUCAGGUAAAUGUUCUCAUAAGGAUGACAAGUUUGACAAAGUGACAGUGUUGCAUUACACCACAGAGCCAGGCAGCCCAAAACAUGCAGUGUGGAUGCGUUUCACUGAGGACAAGCUGGACAGGAACAGAGAGAAGCUCAUCUAUGAGGACCGCGUGGAUCAAACUGUCAAGGAAGCUGAGGAGAAACUAAGCGAGGUCUCUCAGUUUUUCCGUGACAAAACUGAGAAACUGAACGACGAGCUGCAAUCCCCGGAGAAAAAGCCUCCAAAGAGAGACCCCAGGGAGACCAGGUCUGGGCCCAGCUCCACCUGUAAUAGCCCAGAGAAAACCCAGCAGAAAGCCAGGGCAGAGGGAGAGGAGUGGGGCAAGGGAAGGGGGAACAAACUUUUCAGCAGUACGACUGAGAGGAGGACCUCUAGUCUACCCAACAGUCCAGAGAGAGCUGUUCUCUCCCGCUUCAGUGAGGAUACAUCCAAACAGCAGACAAAGGCAGAGGAACGGUCUGAGCCAAACCAGGUUAAAGCCUCCUUCUCUAGAGUGAGCUCUGUUAGGAUGAAGUUCGAAUCAGAGGCUCAGAACCAAGAUAAGAGUAGUCCUGAGCUAGUACAGUCCACACCUCCAGUCAGCAGGCUGCAGGAGAACAAGCUGCCAAUGAAUCAACUGUUCACUGGAGGAAAGACAACUAAAGGGUCUGAGGCCACAGAGGAAGGGAUUCCUUUUAAAAAGACUCCAGAGAAACUGAAAGGACCUGCCUCCAAUAGCAGUAAGUCAGUUGUCUCACCAGCUGCCCCAAAACAGUCAGGAGACAAACUGCCUAAUAAGAACCUACCAUACACCACAGCCCAAAAACACCUAACAGGUCAGACUGAUAAAGAAUCAGAGAAAACAAGCCCAUUGAGCCAGGAGAGUCAGGUCAUUGGUAUCAGUAAGGGUGUAAAGGGGCCACCAUCACAUAGUCCUACACAUGACACACCCAAUGAGAACAGUGGGGAAGUUGAAAAAGAACACGUUUCUAUGAGGGAUUCUCCUUCCAAACAUGUUGCAUCAAGUCCCACAACCAAUAGGGUUGCUCAUUCUGAACCUGUGUCUAAAGACCAUGGGGUUGCUCAUUCUGAACCUGUGUCUAAAGACCAUGGGGUUGCACAAAACAAGAAUCUUAGAAAAAAGACAGAGUCCCAGAUCCCAGUCAGGUCUGUGUCUAGUCACUCAGACAGCGAUCAGUCAGAGAAAGCAAAACAAGACACAAUAACUAAGCCAUCUGAAAAGACAUCCCAAAUCCCCAUACUAAAUAAGAACAGAAUGCAGGUCAGCCCAGUAACAAGCCCUACAAAGGCAGAAGAACUAACAGACACAUCUCUUGAAAUAUUAGAUAAUGCACCAAAAGAUUCUAACUUGAACAAUGUACGUGACACUUGCACAAGAGAAAUACAAGAGAGAUUAGCACCAGAGACAACCACCAUUAGAGAAAACUUCAAAGGCAUCAAAACAUUACCUGUCUAUGUGAGUGUCCAGGUGGGUAGGCAGGGAGAGAGAGAGGGCAGAGGAGGAGUACUGUACAAACAGAAACAGCCCUCGUCGCCUCAGGCCAGUCCUGACGAUGACACGCUAGAGCAGGUAUCUUUCAUAGACAGCUCAGGGAAGAGUCCCCUCACCCCAGAGACCCCUAGCUCAGAGGAGAUCAGCUAUGACCUCACCUCCAGAACACCAGACUCCAUCCUGGGCUUCACUCCCUUCCAGCCUAGCCCUAUCCCAGAGGUCUCUGAGGACUCCUCAGAGGAGGAGCAGGGCCAGGUAUUUUCCUUCAAGGACUUCAGACCAGAGACACCUAAUGUCACAGCAGCUGACCUUAAGAAUGGAAACCACCAGGCUGGACAGACACCUAAAGACAAAGGAGUAGCAUACAUCCAGUUCCCCCCUCCGCCUCCCCUGGACUCUGAGCAGUCCAGCCCUGAGAAGAAGAAGAAGGGAUCAUCUGGUUCCUCUGAGGCAGAGAUGGAGAUGAUGGAGGUCAACCUCCAGGAAGAGCAUGAUAAACACCUCCUCACGGAGCCCAUCAUCAGAGUCCAGCCCCCCUCCCCAGUCCCCCCCGGGACUGACGACAGUGACUCUAGUGACGAUGAGUCUGUCUUCCAGCCCAUCUCCUUUAAGAAAUACACCUUUAAGAUCUCAGAGGGGCAGGAGCAGGAGCUCAAGAAUGGGUCCAAAUCCACAAAACAGGAUAAAAACGGCAAAGAGCCAGGAACUAACAGAACUAAUGGAACGUAUGAAGCUGGUAAAACAGAGGAGUACGACUCUGAACAGAAUGGAAAUGACCAGUCCAUAACAGACUGUUCUAUCGCCACGACGGCAGAGUUCUCUCAUGACACUGACGCUACUGAGAUCGACUCCCUGGAUGGGUAUGACAUGCAGGAUGAGGAUGAUGGUCUGUGUGAGAUGGACACUAAACCCUUCAGCCUGCCGGACAGCAGGAAGGACGUGUGGACCUCAGACAGCAUGCUCCGGUCCUGCGACCGCUCCUUUAGUCAGACCAAACUAGAGGCCAUUGAAGAGGAAAAAACACCGGAGGAGGAAUGCAGAAAGGCUCAAGCUAAAAGUGAUGCAGUUGACAUAAAAACAGAUGAGGCCAGCUCUCAGGGCCAGAAGGACAACGAUGGGUUUUCUGAUACGUACUUUAGUUACAAGCUAGAGGAGGCGUUUGACUCUCCGUUUAAAACUGUUGCUACUAAAGGUCUGGACUUUGACCCCUGGUCCAGUAUAGGAGGAGACAAUGAAGUGGUUGACGCCAGGAUAAAAGACGACGAGCCGAAGCCGUUUGGACUGGCAGCAGACGACAGAUCACAGGCCACGACCCCAGACACGACCCCUGCCAGAACCCCGACCGAUGAUAGCACCACGCCGACUAGCGAGCCAAACCCUUUCCCCUUCCAUGAAGGGAAGAUGUUUGAGAUGACUCGCAGUGGUGCGAUUGACAUGAGCAAGCGGGAUAUUGUUGAAGAAAGACUGCAGUUUUUUCAGAUUGGCCCUCAGAGCCCCUGUGAGAGGACUGACCUGCGGAUGGCCAUAGUGGCAGAUCACCUGGGUCUGAGCUGGACUGAGCUUGCCAGGGAAAUGGAUUUCUCCGUAGAUGAGAUCAAUCACAUCCGCGUGGAUAACCCCAACUCUCUGACCACUCAGAGUUUCAUGCUUUUAAAGAAAUGGGUUAGCAGAGAUGGUAAAAAUGCCACAACGGAUUCCCUUACAGAGGUCCUGACUAAGAUCAAUCGGAUGGAUAUUGUGACAUUGCUGGAAGGGCCAAUAUUUGACUAUGGUAACAUUUCAGGCACAAGAUGUUUUGCUGAUGAUAACGCAGUUUUCCUGGAUCAGUGUGAUGGUUCCAGCAGCAUCCAGCUGGAGCUUCAGACCCCCACAGGUUUGAUCUGUCAGCCCCCCACCCCGCUAAGCAGCGACCACUUCUUUGACGAGGACGCUGGCCUAGACUCCCCCUCUAGAACGCCCACUAGACCAUGUGACUUGUCACUCACCCAGACCACCAGCACCCCAGGCCCCGCCUCCCAUGCUCAAUCCCCCACAAUGGUGGUAGAGGAAGACACCUCUGGACCUCUAGACUCCCGGGGAGCCGGGAAGGGCGCCGGGGAGGGUGCCGGGAAAGUGACCUUCACUGAAGAUGACACAGGGGUUAGCAGAGAGUCAGUGGCCUCAUACAAGCCCCAUAACAGGGAGGCAGGGCUGAGAGAGGAGGCUGAGCAGGAUGUUGACAUGGGGAUGCUGAUACAUCAGAUUGAUCUUCCUCAGGGGGUGGUCAGGGAGGAUGAGUGGCUGGCUGGAGCCAGAGGAGACCCAUCAGAGACCCUAGGCUUUAGGCCUGCCCUGGGGGGAGAGGGGGUAGAGGGUGGUGUGUCUGGUCCUCCCGGGGAAGAGAAGGAGGAGGGGGAGUUGAGUGAGGAGAAGUUAAAGUCUCUGUUGGAGGAGAUGGGGCUGGAGGAAGGCUCGGAGGACGAGGAGAUGACGGAGGAAAGGAUAAACGCCAUCUUGUCUCAGGUUCAGCAGGCAGACAAAGAUGUGAUGUCAUCACCUGCAGGUUGGCAUAGUGAGACGUCCAGCGUGAACGUGGAGCCCCCGACACCUGGCCGCAGUCUGAGUGCUGAGGGCAACGACCUCCAGGACACCAGCCCUGUGAAUUCCCUGGACUCCCUGACGACAUCACCUGUCCGACCAGCAGAGAAAUCCAAUGGAGACCACGCUGACUUCCUGUCCCAGCCCGGGUCACAUCCUGAGGCCCAGGGUUCAUCCAACGGGGUGAAGGGUCAUGGCCAGGUCGAGGACGAGGGAAGGGCGUCAGCAUCACAAGGAGGGCAGGAAGAGGGAAGCAGAAGGACUCUGGAAGAGGACAGCACAGCAGGACCAAGCAGCAAGGAGCAGCAGCAGGAGGAGGGAGGAGUGCAGGGGUCACAGCACAAAGUCCAGGAGGGUGGUAGAGAUAAGGAGACCAGCUCUGAUGAGGAACGGACUGUCACCACCAAGGUGUACCGACGGAGGGUCAUACUGAAGGGAGAACAGGCCAGAAACAUCCCUGUGGAGUCAGUGACAGAAGAGCAGUUCACAGACGAGGAUGGAAACAUAGUCACCCGAAAAGUCAUCAGGAAAGUAGUACGUCGUAUUGCUGCUACGGCAACUACUUUUACUGCUACUACUACUGCUACUACAGAGGAGGUGAAAGCAGGAGGAGCAGUAGGAGAAAGAGAAGCAGGAGGAAGAGGAGAAGCAGCAGGAGGAGGAGGCCGGAAGGAAAAUAAGGGCAGGAAGAGAAACAAGCGCUCCCGAGGUGGCCCUAAGGCAGAGCAGGAGAGCUCUAAGGGUCAGAGGGGAAAGACUGAGUCUGAAGAAGGGUCAGGGUCGAAGGUGAAAAAGAAGCAAGUGGAAAAGGAUCAAUGAUAAGAGUCGUGUGCUCAACCUGGUUUGUUGAUGUUUCAUGACUUCCUGGAAGGGAGAUGACUGGAACUUGAAGCAAGGAGAACAGCCAAUCAGAACGUGUGUCUGCAGCUUUCACGUUAACGCAUGGUUUUACAGCAAGACCACUUUAUUUGAUUUCGCAUGAGCAUGAAAAACUUACUUUUCUGUCCACAACCUGGGCUCCAGUCAUGACCUGUUGUUACCACGGUGACAGGAGAACAGGGGUGUGGUCUGCUCCAUCAUGGCGUCAGGACAACAGUAGCCACGCCUCCAAGCAUCUCUCGGACCAAUGAGGUACAACAGGACGUUUGAUUGACAGAUUAGAGGAACACUUGGAGUCACCUUCUACAAGCCUUAUAUAUUCUGUCCUGUAGCCACACCACUGGGGUGGGUGUAUAAUGUGGUUGUGUUUUUUAAUAACAACGGGUGGUUUGGUUGUAUAUAAAUGACACUGUAAAAACUUCUGAAGUUAGUCACUGAUAGUUUGUUUUCUGCACUGGUAGGACAGCUUCGCAAAGCAUUGGAAUGAAAUGCCUAUAUUGAUUCCACCUUUAUGAAAAUGCUUGGGUGUUACUGCACAUGUCUAAUUAUCAGCAGGAAAUAUUUGUCAAAUCGAAAUGGUAGCUUGAUUUUAACCUAACUCCACUGCAACUCUCAAACAUCACUUCUGUGAACAUAUUUCCUCAGAGUACUAAUAUUUUGAUGCAUGAGAUUCACCUGGUUUGACUUAGUUUUCCUCAUUUGCGAACAUUGUAUUAUGAAAUAAGGUGUUACUUCUAUCAGUGUCUGUCUACUCUGCUCUGGUACUGACUGUUUUAAAGAGACAUGAACACACAGCCACCUGGGGGACAGCAGGACAGAGAGGGAGACUUCAUUCUAAUGCUUUAUGAGGGCCCACUGUGUAACAUGGAAUAUGCCUCUACUAUUAAAGACGUGGAGAUAUGAGAGCUCCCAAUAUAUAAUGUAGACUGACACAUUGGAAAGGGUUAGAGAGGUAUUACCCCAAUAUAUAAUAUAGACUGACACAUUGGAAAGGGUUAGAGAGGUAUUACCCCAAUAUAUAAUAUAGACUGACACAUUGGAAAGGGUUAGAGAGUGUUUACCCCAAUAUAUAAUGUAGACUGACACAUUGGAAAGGGUUAGAGAGGUAUUACCCCAAUAUAUAAUGUAGACUGACACAUUGGAAAGGGUUAACAGUUCUCAUGCGUAUUUGCUCCAAACCAAUCAUUGGUCAUUAUUUUAGCAGUGUAAUGUUAUGUUCUAAGCCUGCUGUAGUUUAAAGGGGCAUUUUUUCUUUGGGGUUUGGUGCCAUAUUUCCUUCCGUUGAUUCUCUUCAUAUGAGACCACCUAAAGCAUUGAUUGAUGAUCUGGUAACACAUGACAACCAACAUGGAUGAUCCCAUUCAUUAUUUAAGCAGAAAUAAAUUGUGUUUAAACUGAAA